CUGGCACAGCCCGGAGCUCGGGGAGGGGAUAAAAGGCGUCGUGCCCUGCUCAGCAUCACUCGAUCCUCCUGCUGAUCCUCCUGCUGAUCCUCCUGCUGAUCCUCCUGCUGAUCCUCCUGCUGAUCCUCCUGCGCGUCCUCUGCAGAGCCCAGAACUUCCCCGAGGAUGAAAACCGACCUGGAGCUGGCUCUGGAAUGCGCCGUCAACGUUUACCACCAGUACGCGGUGCAGCGCCCCGUGGACGAUUACCUGAGCAAGGGAGAGUUCUCCAAGCUGCUCAAGGAGACGGCCGGGCCCUUCCUGAGGAACACGGCGCCGCCCAACACCAGCACCGACCGCUACAUCGCGCAGCUCUUCGCCAAGGCCGACGCCAACCACGACGGGCGCCUCAAGUUCACCGAGUUCCUGACCACGCUGAGCCAAGUGGCCAUCAAUGCCCACAACAGGUCCCAUGAGGGCCCUGGUGGUCACCACGGCCACGGGCCUGACCAUAGCCAUGACCAUGACCACGACCACGGCCACGGGCCCGGCCACCGUCACUGAAAUGGGAGCAUCUCCGAGCCACGGGACCCGGUGUCCCCCCAGCCUUGCCUGUACCCAACCCUUUGUCACCUUCCCCUUCUCUGUGGCGUUGAAAUAAAAUCUCCUCCUCUGAGCACCAAACCCGUCCGUGUUCCGUG